UACAAAACCUAGGGUUCAUAAAUUUUUCAUAUCUAAAUCUUUAAUCUUUUUCAUCAAUCGAUUAAUCAGUGAAAAAAAAAUGGCUGAAGAAGCAGCAGCAUCAACGCCGCCUCCAUCAUCAGCGGCUCCAUUGGGAUCUUCCGUCAUACCGAUAGUGAACAAGCUGCAGGAUAUCUUCGCUCAGCUUGGUAGCCAGUCCACCAUAGAGUUGCCGCAGGUGGCGGUGGUCGGAAGCCAGAGCAGUGGAAAGUCCAGCGUGCUUGAGUCACUCGUUGGCCGCGACUUCUUGCCUCGGGGUUCCGAUAUCUGCACGCGCCGUCCCCUCGUCCUCCAGCUCCUUCAGACCAAGCGUAAAUCUGAUGGCUCUGGGGAGGAGUAUGGCGAGUUUCUUCACUUGCCUGGCAAGCGCUUUUACGACUUCUCUGAGAUUCGCAGGGAGAUUCAGGCUGAGACAGAUAGGGAGGCUGGAGGGAACAAAGGUGUCUCAGACAAGCAGAUUCGACUUAAGAUUUUCUCACCAAAUGUUCUUGAUAUUACUCUUGUGGAUCUUCCUGGAAUCACAAAGGUUCCUGUGGGUGACCAGCCCUCUGAUAUUGAAGCUCGAAUUAGAACAAUGAUCAUGUCAUACAUUAAACAGCCAAGCUGUCUGAUUCUUGCUGUUACUCCAGCAAAUUCAGACUUAGCAAACUCUGAUGCUCUUCAAAUUGCAGGAAAUGCUGAUCCUGAUGGUUAUAGAACCAUUGGUGUUAUUACAAAGUUGGAUAUAAUGGACAGAGGUACUGAUGCUCGUAACUUGUUGCUUGGAAAAGUGAUUCCUCUUCGACUUGGUUACAUAGGUGUUGUGAAUCGUAGUCAGGAGGAUAUUUUACUCAACCGAAGUAUCAAGGAUGCCCUUGUGGCAGAGGAAAAGUUUUUCCGAAGUCGUCCAGUAUAUAAUGGUCUAGCUGAUCGUUGUGGUGUACCUCAGUUGGCCAAGAAGCUGAACCAGAUUUUAGUACAACAUAUCAAAGCAAUACUUCCUGGGCUGAAGUCACGCAUUAGUUCUGCACUGGUUUCUGUGGCAAAGGAGCAUGCAAGCUAUGGAGAAAUCACAGAAUCAAAGGCUGGACAGGGGGCUCUUCUACUGAAUAUUCUUUCAAAGUACUGUGAGGCAUUCUCAUCAAUGGUAGAGGGGAAAAAUGAAGAAAUGUCUACAUCUGAACUGUCUGGUGGAGCAAGGAUUCAUUAUAUUUUUCAAUCAAUCUUUGUUAAGAGCUUAGAGGAGGUUGAUCCAUGUGAAGAUUUGACUGAUGAUGACGUUCGAACUGCCAUUCAGAAUGCAACUGGUCCUCGAUCUGCACUAUUUGUACCAGAAGUCCCAUUUGAAGUACUUGUUCGGAGGCAAAUAGGUCGUUUGCUAGAUCCAAGCCUUCAAUGUGCCAGGUUCAUAUAUGAUGAGUUAAUAAAGAUUAGCCAUCGCUGUAUGGUGAAUGAAUUGCAGCGGUUUCCUGUUUUGAGAAAGCAUAUGGAUCAAGUUGUUGGGAACUUCCUCCGAGAAGGCCUAGAACCAUCUGAGACAAUGAUAGGACAUAUUAUUGAAAUGGAGAUGGAUUACAUAAAUACUUCCCACCCAAAUUUUAUUGGUGGGAGCAAGGCUGUAGAGCUUGCCAGUCAGCAGAUCAAGAAUUCCAGGGUUCCGUUGCCUAUAUCUUCUAGAUCAAAGGAUGGUUUAGAGCCUGACAAGGUGCCUACUUCUGAAAGAAGUAUUAAAUCUCGGGCCAUUCUUGCAAGACAAGUUAAUGGAAUCAUGGCUGAUCAGGGAGUCCGUCCUGUUGCAGAUGCUGAGAAAGUUCCAUCCACUGGAAGCACAAGUGGUUCAACCUGGGGUAUUUCAUCUAUAUUUGGUGGCAGUGAUAACCGUUCACCAGUUAAAGAUAGCUUGACAAACAAGCCAUAUAGUGAACCUGUUCAUAACAUGGAACAGGCCUUUUCCAUGAUCCAUUUGAGAGAGCCCCCACCUGUUUUGAGGCCUUCAGAAGACCGUUCAGAGAAUGAAGCUAUUGAAAUUGCUAUCACGAAAUUGCUCCUAAGAUCAUAUUAUGACAUUGUUAGGAAGAAUGUAGAGGACUCUGUGCCUAAAGCAAUUAUGCACUUCUUGGUAAACCAUACAAAAGGUGAACUUCACAAUGUUUUUAUCAAAAAGCUUUACAGAGAAAACCUGUUUGAAGAAAUGUUACAGGAACCCGAUGAGAUUGCUUCAAAGAGAAAACGUACUCGAGAAACACUCCGGGUUCUCCAACAGGCAUUCAGGACAUUGGACGAAUUGCCGUUGGAAGCCGAAACAGUUGAGAGGGGAUACAGUUUAGGUUCUGAUCCAACAGGCCUGCCAAAGAUCCAUGGGCUGCCAACAUCAUCAAUGUAUUCUACAAGUAGUGGUUCAAAUGAUUCCUUUGCAGCUUCUCCUAAAAAUCCAAAAUCUCGCAAGUCAUCUCACUCAGGGGAACUACAGUCACACUUGUUUGCUAAUGCGGAUUCAAAUGGAAAUGGACGUAGUUACAUGCCAGGCCUCUAUCCGACAGCUGAUCUGUAAGCCAUUUUGAAUGUGCAAUUGUGCAGUUUGGUCCAAGUUUCUUUUUAUCAAAUAUGGAGGCAUUAUAUUCAUUUGAUUUGCUUAGUCUAAUUUCUUCCUGAAGUUCUUUGGAAUUCCUCCAAUCAAAGCUGGCGUAUUGGUAAAUUGCUAUUAUUUUCUAACUAGAUAUCUCCAAGUCAGCUAUUAUGCAUUUGUUUUUUGGUUGAUAUAUUUUCCUUGUUCUGUUAGCAUAAUAUAGGGUUAUAAUCACAUUGUUUUUCGCUCCAGAAAGAAUAAUGGGAGUGAGUCAGAAACAA